UUGGCGCCAACGGCUAGAAUCUGUCGCUCUCUGGGGCUGGGGCAUCCAGCGACUUUGAAAAACUAGGGAUUCUGUCCUGGGUUCCCUGCGAAUCCAUGGCGUGUCGGAGUUCCUUCCACGCCUCACUGGAAACGGAGAAGUUCCUCUGUCAGCGACUUCUCGAUCAAGACCAACCGAUCUCCGAGCGCUUCAGAGCUCUAUUUUCACUUCGCAAUCUCCGAGGUCCCGGUCCUCGUGAGGCCCUCGUCCGUGCAACGAGGGAUUCUUCGAAUUUGCUUGCCCAUGAGGCAGCUUUUGCGUUGGGCCAAAUGCAAGACGUUGAUGCUGUUCCUGCCUUACAGGAGGUUCUUAAUGAUCUUUCUUUGCACCCCAUUGUUCGUCACGAGGCAGCAGAAGCUCUUGGUGCAAUUGGUUUGGAGAGUAAUAUUCCUAUUUUAAAGAAAAGCCUAUUGUCAGAUCCUGCCCAGGAAGUGAGAGAGACAUGUGAAUUGGCUCUUAGACGAAUUGAGGAACAUAAGACUUUUGAUGAUAAUGAUCAAACAUCUGCAAUGUUUCCUUCACCUUUUCUGUCGGUUGAUCCAGCCAUGCCUGCUUCUUUUAGUUCUUCUGUAGAUCAGCUAAGGGAGGUUCUUCUGAAUGAAGAAAAGGGCAUGUAUGAGAGAUAUGGGGCUCUUUUUGCUCUUCGAAACCUUGGAGGUGAUGGAGCUAUUAGUGCUAUAAUUGAUUCUUUAGGUGCAAAAAGUGCUCUCUUGCGCCAUGAGGUUGCAUAUGUCUUGGGCCAACUUCAAAACAAAGCUGCUUCUGCUGCCCUUUCUGAAGUUGUUAAGAAUGUGAAUGAACACCCUAUGGUUAGACAUGAAGCCGCUGAAGGACUUGGUUCUAUUGCAGAUAGCCAAAGUGUGUCACUUCUGGAGGAAUUUGCAAUGGAUCCUGAGCCUAUAGUCUCACAGAGUUGUGAAGUUGCUCUCAGCAUGCUGGAGUUUGAGAGAUUGGGCAAGCCCUUCGAGUAUCUCUUCAUGCAGGCACCUCAGGAGCAGUAGUCUCAUAUAUAGUAUUCUUGAUCCAUUAAGUCACAAAGUAGAUAUUUCAUCAAUUACUCAGAGAUGCCUACGUUGAACCUAGUGCUGCUAGUGUAUUAUUACUGCUGAGAGUAUGACUAACGCAAACAGGGUUUUGCUUUGUAUAGUAAAUGCAUGAUUGCCAAAAUGUAUUUUUAACAGACAUCAGGGGCAAUUGCCUAUAUAGGUGAUGCUUUUUCACGGAAUUUUGAGAUCAGUAACGUUCCCAUUUAAGGUUGGCGGUGUUUUAAUUA